AUGGAAGACUUAGUAAAGGAACCGGUGAAUGACGUUGAGACACUGUCGUUUGCACCUCAGGUGAAAAAAGCAGCCUUAUAUCCCUCAGUACCAGAAAUCAAGGCGCAAGGAAUUUCCUGCCAGAAGUUUGGUUCUUUGGGCUGGAACAGGAUCAGAUACAAGGAGGUCCAGAAGAAGCUUCUUACGUCACUAGUUUUCGACUCGCUGAAGUUGGAAUACAGAACAGAAUGUGAUGGUGCUGGAGACAAGAAAAAGAAUUGCAUUCUGGAGAUAAUCGGUCGAUUAAGGGCUUCGGGAACAUGGAAUUGGACAAUUGUUGCGUCUCUGAAAGGCCAGUUUAACUUUGCAGCCCUGGUCACUCCAAUGGGUCGUUUAUUUUUGCGCCUUCAGAGACUUCAGAGAGCAUUCAGGAACUUGUCAGAAGAAAAGUCAAAGAAAAUCAUGAAGAUAACGCCAGAGGCACUGGAGGAUUGUGGAUGGUGGCAGGAGAAUAUCAACUGCACCAAUCCGAUAUUUUUAAACAAUCCAGACAUCUUCUUGACAACGGAUGCAUCAGGACUGGGGUGGGGUUUCCAUCUGGAGAGUGUCACAGUAGCAGGUCUUUGGGAUCCAGAACAAAAGAAAUGGCAUGUGAACCGCAACGAACUAUUCACGGUCUUGAUUGCAAUAAAAAAAUUCAAGUACAGAUUGAAAAACAAAGCAGUGUUGGUACCAUCGGACAAGCUAGCGGUGGCUAAUAUUCGCAAACAAAGAGGAACUCGGUUUCAAGGACUCCAUGCUCUAUACAAACAACUACUUUUAAUAACGCAUCGUUUCCAGAUUCAACUAAUCCCUUUUUAA